AUGUGCUACGACUCAUGCUGUUACAGACGAUUACCAACAUGGUAUAUACUAUUGGCUAUCGGUGAACUCAUCUUCGGUAUAAUUCGCCUGGCAAGCUACUUUUCCACGUCAGCUUCACCUCUGAAGGAAGAGAAACCUGACUCAAUCAUGACUGCUGGUUUCAUACUCGAUUGGAUUGGUUCAUUAGCACCAACAUUGAUGGGUAUUAUUGUUGGAUUCAUUCUACUGGUAUUUGUACUAAGAACUCUGUAUCAUGUAUGUUGUGAAAGUGAUAAUCAAGUUCGACCGACGGAUGAUACCAGUUUGACACUGACUUGUGCACAAUAUCUUUUAUGUAGUCGACCAAUGAAUCGUUUUGUUGCACUGAACUGCAAUUGUCCAUUCUAUAUCCCUAGACCACGUCUUCGUUUUAUUAUUCGAUUGACUUUCUUACUCUUCAGUAUUCUCCUACGCAUACUUGCCAUCAUUCUAUAUGCUACAUCGAAAUCACAAGGACCUAAAGUAGGAUUAGCUGUUGUUUGCACAUUCUCGUUGAUAUUUCCGUCACUAGCUGUUGCUCUCGACUUCUAUCAGUAUCGUGUGUGGUGGCACUACCAACCCUCAUGCGAUAAUUUAUCUAGACGCACCCUAUCACAUAAGCAUGUUCGAUAUAUUCCAUAUCAUUUGGUUGGUAAAAAUCGAAAUAAUAUGCAUAUGGGCAACAAACCAUGUGAUUCAACGAAUUCUGCUGUCAAAUGUCCAAAUCGGCGCCUAGAACAUCUGCUCAUAUUUCAUUUAGAUGAUUAUAAACCCCAAGAACGUUGGGGACUAUUACCACCAGAUGAAGCGAUGACUUAUGUUGGUUUUCAUCGCACGACUGCACAAUCAGCUGUUCUCAUAACCCACAGUGAUUUUCGCCCAUCAAUGACGGCACCACAAAUGCUUGGUUUUGGCGUUUAUUUUGCUCGUUCAAUUGCACGAACUGAAGGCAAAGCCAGGUUUAGUGGCGCAUUGAUUUGUGCACAAAUUCGAAUGGGUCGUGUAAAAGAAGUAAAACAUAAUCAAUUACACACAGUUGGUAACUCAAAUACAUGGUGGGCAGAUUUUGAUACAGUUUAUUAUAAUCAUGAAAAUGAUGAUCGAGAUGAAUUUUGUGUUAAAGAUCCAGCACAAAUAUUACGAUGGGUUAUUGUGGUAGAUGAAUCGAAUGACACAAUAGUUAGAGAAUACGGAUUAGAUACAGAAUUUGAUGAUACAAGAAGUGAAAGUCGGAAAGUCAUUGUAGUCAAAAAGAGUUUAGCCGUUAAAACACUUGGAUCAUCUGGACGGGGAACUGUAAAUCUAAUUCAAGUUAAUCUUGGUAGCAUGUAUAACAUAGCCAAAUUACAAAAAUAA